AUCAGAAGUGCAGGAGGGGCGGUGAUGGGACGCGGACGCGAUGACAGUCCGGAGCAACAUGUCGCGGCAGGAACCUGACGGUCCCGGGGCUGGGGCUACGGGAAGGCCGGGCCGCUGACCGCCGGCACCAUGGACGACGAGCAGCCCGACAGCCUGGAGGGCUGGGUGCCGGUCCGCGAGGACCUGUUCGCCGAGCCGGAGCGGCACCAGCUGCGCUUUCUCGUGGCCUGGAACGACGCGGAGGGCAAGUUCGCCGUGACCUGUCACGACCGCACGGCGCAGCGCCAGCUGCGGCGCGAGGGGAACCGGCCGGGGUCUCCGCCCAGCUGGGCCGGCCUGCUCUCGGCCGCCGGGCUGCGCGGCGCGCACCGGCAGUUGGCGGCGCUGUGGCCGCCGCUGGAGCACUGCUUUCCCCCGCUGCCACCGGAGCUGGAGGCGGGUGGCGGCGCCUGGGGCCUGUGGGAGCUCGUGUGGCCGGCGCGCGCGGGCCUCGGCGAAGCGGAGCUGCAGGAGCUGUGCGCGCGGCUGGAGCGCUACCUGGGCCUGGCGGCGGACGGCUGCGGCGGCGCGGCCGUGCGGGACGCGCUGCUUCCGGCCGAGGGCGGCGCGCCCGACUGCGAGAGUCCGCGUGCCUUCCGGGAGCGCGCCCUGCGCGCGCGGUUCGCCGAAGCGGACGCGCGCCUGCGCCAGAUUCUUCAGGGGCGCGAGAGAGCCAACACCAUGGUGGCAUUGAUGGAGGUUUAUCGAGAAGAAGAUGAGGCGUACCAGGAGUUCGUUACCUUGGCAACCAUGUUCUUCCAGUAUUUACUGAAGCCGUUCAGAGAUAUGCGAGAAUUUGCGACUUCAUGUAAGCUUGAUAUUUUGAAAUCCUUGGACGAGGACGACCUGGGCCCUAGAAGGAUAGCGGCCCUGCGGAAGGAAGCCCAAGGAUGGACCAGACGGGCGGAAGCCGCGGUAGUCUCCAUUCAAGACAUCACUGUGAAUUACUUUAAAGAAACAGUGAAAGCACUGGCAGGGAUGCAGAAGCAGAUGGAGCAGGACGAGAAGAGGUUCGGCCCGGCGGCCUGGGCCAGCGCCGCUCCCAGGCUGGAAAGACUCAAGCUGAUGUUAGCUCGAGAGACGCUGCAGCUUCUGAGGGCCAAAGAGCUGUGUUUGAACCACAGAAGAGCCGAGAUCCAGGGGAAGAUGGAAGAUCUUCCAGAAGAAGAAAAGAAUAUAGAUGUUGUAGAUGAACUAGAAAUACAAUUUUAUGAAGUUCAAUUGGAACUAUAUGAUGUUAAAUUUGAGAUAUUAAAAUAUGAAGAAAUCCUACUUACCACACAGUUGGACUCUAUUAAAAGACUUAUAAAAGACAAGCAGGACGAAGUUGUCUACUACGACCCGUGUGAGAGUCCAGAGGAGCUGAAGGCCGCGGAUCGGGUCCCGGGGCUGCCGGAUGGCGCGCACGCGGAGACGCGGGAGCUGCGGCGGCGGCGCGAGCGGCUGGAGCAGAAGCGGGGCAGGAUCUGCGCGCGCAGAGCCCACCUCCGGAGCAGGAAGGAUCAGUGCAAGGAAAAUCACCGGCUCCGACUGCAGCAGGCUGAGGAGAGUGUGCGAUGUUUUCACCAGCACCACAGUAUCCAGAUGAAAAGAGACAAGUUAAAAGAAGAGGAGCAAAAGAAGAAAGAAUGGAUAAACCAAGAGCGCCAGAAGACCCUGCAGCGGCUGAGAGCAUUUAAGCAGAGGUGUCCGAGCCGGCCGCCUUGCUCGGAGCCCGAGGCUCCAAGCCUGCCAGGCAGGCUUCCCCAGCAGACCGCCUCGCCGGCCCCUCAGACGAAGGCGGUGGUCCGCCCGUCCUCCAGGAAAGCCAGAAGUGCCCCCUCGUCCGAAGCCAGUGACGUGGAAACCCCCAGGUCUCCGCAGGACUGCCCCGGAAACACCCCUGUCCAGAUUGCUGUGCAGGGAGGGGACCAGACACACUGCAGAUCCAGUGAGGAGCUGUCACUCCCGCCCCCGCCCCCUCCCCCACCACCUCCGCCCCCUCCCCCUCCCCCACCACCGCCGCCUCCACCCGCCCCUCCGCUCCUCCCUGCUUCACGCUCUUCCCUGCCUGCGAGUCAUCGGAAUCUGAACGAGCACGCCGGGACUUCAGGGGAAGAUGACCAGCCGCUUCCUCUGGUGUGUGAGCCCCCUGCCGAGAGGCCGCACGACCCCGCGGACGGUUUCACAUGCCCAGGGUCUAUGGAUGAAGUGCUGGCCUCCUUGCGGCACGGCAGAGCCCCCGUGCAGAAGGCGGGAGCCCCCGCCGCGGCCCCGCCCUGCGCCUCGGUCAACGAGCGCAUCCUGGCUGCCAUCAGGCAGGGGGUCAGACUGCGGAAGGUUCACCCCGAGGUGAAGGUUGGCCUGAGCCCCGGCAGCGCGCCCACCAGCGACCUGGAGAGGAGCAUCAAGGCCGCACUCCAGAGAAUCAAGAGAGUGUCUGCGGACUCGGAAGAGGAAGAGGAGGAGGAGGAGGAGGGUGGCCCCGGCGAGUGGGACCACUGAGCUGUACUGCAAGGCCAAGGGCGCUGCCCAGUGGGCUGGAGAGAAGCCACCGGGGCCCAAGGCCUGUUCUGGAAAAGCACGUGACCAGGGCAGAGUGGACACAGGACGCCGGACGGCAGCGGGGCUGUGCAUGGUGUCACAGCCGCGACUCAGGGCUGUGGCCCUCAGCCCCACGGAGGCAGCCCUGGCUGCAGGGGCUCAGGGGCCGAGCGCCA